CAUGAUGCUGCCAUACAUUUGGAAAUGUGAUUAAUUUAUAAGAAAAGUGAAAAGUUGUCAAAGUAACUUCGGGUUUAAUCGAUUUAUCCUCUGUUAGUACAUGUAAUUAUGUCUCGGAGGCCAUAAUCAGCUAGAGCUACACUCUAUGGACGCAAGAUGUAGCGAAGCUAUUGUAUUGAAGUUUUGAGAGGUGCAACUUUGACGUAAGUUGAAGCAAAACAUAACCUACUUAAUAUCGCUGAACUUUGUUAGCCAAUUAAUGUAUACAUAGACAUGCUGAUAGCAAUCAAUUUUUCGCUUUGCAUUAUUUAGAUACGUACUGGUUGAUUUUUAAUUAGUAAGUAAAAUGGCAAACGACAGAGAAGUCCUUCGAGAAAUAUGGGAAGGCAAGAUUCCUGUUUGUUUUCAAUUAGACUCCGAGGAAGUUUAUGAGCUACAAGCUCCGGAUCCCUUUUAUUUGAUGGUCCCAAGAUUAAGUUACUUUCCACUUUGUACUGACAAGGUUAGAAAACAUUUUCUACGCCACGUGCAGCAGGAUAUACAGGAUAAACAUGAAAUUGAAAUGUGGCUGGAAUUUAAUGGUACGCCGCUCAAGUGGCAUCUUCCAAUUGGGGUACUAAUGGAUCUUUAUCACAACGACAUACAAUUGCCAUGGAAUAUCGUUGUACACUUUAACAAGUUUCCCGAAGAUGUCCUCAUUCGUUGUCAUAAUAAAGAAGUCGUGGAGGCGCAUUUUCUUUCUUGUAUCAAAGAAGCGGAUGUACUUAAGCAUCGUGGCCAAGUGGUCUCGAGUAUGCAAAAGAAGGAUCACAAUCAGCUUUGGCUUGGACUCUUAAAUGAUAAGUUUGACCAGUUUUGGGCUGUGAAUCGAAAGCUAAUGGAAGGGACUUGCGACGAAGCUUUUAAAUACAUACCGUUCAGAUGUUACACCAAUGAAGAUAAAUAUAUACAAAGAUUGAUAAAGCCCGUUAACGAAGAGGGUCAAAGGAAAGUCUUGAGACAUUUAUUGAACGAGGUUUUUCCAGACAUGGACCAAGUUGUAGUACGUACCCAUGGCAUCGUCCUUCCACUGGAUACACCACUUCAGUGGCUCUCGGAGCAUCUCAGCUUUCCAGAUAAUUUCCUUCAUUUAGUCUUAGUAUCGUCGUAACACACGUGAACGAACCCGCUACAUUUUGUAGCUGCCUACUGUAGAUUAGAAGAUAAUCCCAGCGAAGGAAAAUAUUAUUUUAUUUUUUUAUGAAUCAAUAUUUUGUUUCUAUGAAUAAGCAAUUGAUCGUAUUAUGCUAAAUUGUAAGAACUUUAUCAGUGUUUGCGUAAGUGGUGAACAGCAAUGCAGAUCAGUCGAACUACAUUUAUAUCGAGUAAAGAAUCUGACAAAAAUCAUAGAAAUAUACUGUACAAAAUGUGUAGUAAUCAAAUGCGCAACUGUAUGUU